GAGUGAAAUGCAGGUGCUAUCAGCGGCAGCUGUAAUGGCGGUCAUUGGAAAAGUGCGAUCGCAGACGUUAAAUGUCUAAAAAACAAAGUAGCAUAUAUUCAUCUCAACUUCCAAAAUGUCGGAAGAAAACGAACAUACUUCGGAAGAAACCGAAGCAGAAAUGAAUGCGGAAAAUCAUAAUAAAGAACAAUCGAAAAGUGACACAAGCAUGUUAAACAAUGAAACGGAACAACCUAUGUUGGAAGACGAAGAAAUGCCAACAUAUAUCAGUGUAUCUAGUCCAUCAAGGCGCGAAAAUCCAGAUGUCAAUAAUACAAAACAAGAUAGAGCCCCCCCAAUAGAAGAAGAUCACAGUCGAAGUCCUUAUUCUAGCGACGAUCAAGGAGGAUAUAGUAUCUAUGUAUUGUCUUCUGGUGAAGAGAGUAAUCAUCCAUACAAUGAUGAGGAAGAUGAAUAUCCAGAUAGCGAUGAUAUGGAUGAAAUGGAUCUUGAAAAUGAACAUGAAAAUGCAAUGGUAGAGGAUGAGGAAGACGAAGAUGAUGAUGAUGAUGAUGAUGGAAAUCCUUUGAAACUGCAUAAUGAUGAUGAUGAGGAUAAUGACACAGAAUAUGACCAAGAAUGUUUUGAUAGAGCAUCAGACGAUUUUGUUUUAAACAACAGAUUAAAACAACAUCAUAAAGAAAGAAGUUUAUCGUUACAAGAUUUAAACAUUUCAAACAAUAGUGCUCACUCACCAUAUAAUAAGAAAAGGCAUAGGUUAAAUAUUUUUAGACAUAAUUAUUUUGGUAUUCAACAAAAUGCAAUGUUAUAUCCUGUUACACAAAAAAAGCAAACGAUACCAUUUAAGUAUCAACACGUGGAAAGCAAAGUAAAACAGUACAUAAGAGGUAUAAAGGAACAAACCAGAAAAUCAAUGGAAAAGCGUAUUAAAGAGCAAGGGUUUAUAUUGAAUAAAAAUCAGGAAGAGAAUAAAAGCAGUGACACAGGGAAAUUAAAAACGAGAGUUGCAAAUAAAACCAUUAAAGAUUAUGCAGAGAAAGCUAUUCAGGAUUUACAACGAGAAGAAACUGAAGGUGAAAAUUUAGUUUAUAAUACAGGAAAUUUAAUAGAAAAUGGAGAAAAUAAUAAAACUUCUAACAGAGUAAGUGAAAACCAAUAUAAACAUGUUCGAAAGGAUACAGAAUAUAAUGAUGUACAAAAUGAAAAAUGUGUGCAAAAUUCUGAGGAUAAAUUGGAAAAACGAAAUGGUUCUGUAGAUGUUAGUACACAUCAUAUCGAAUAUCAAAAUGCUUUAGAUAGAAAUAUAAGAUUUUCUAGUAUAAAUCAAUCUUCUCUAGUUAAUGGUCAUCAGUCAACACCCACAUUUAUUAAUUUGCGUACAUUGAGCUAUGAUGAAUACAUACAUGGUACUUCUAAUACAGGACAAAGAGAAGAAUUACCUGAACAAAGACAAGAAAAAACGAACGAAAGUGAAGCAUAUAAUGAUACAGAAAUGAUUAGUGCACAAGAAAUUGAUAACAGCAACACUAGCUGCCCUUUGAAAAUUGCAAGUGUUAAAAGUAUCCGUGUAAUGCAAGAUGAAUCAGAGAAUUUGAAUUUUGCAAAGAUUAAUGCAACUGAAAAAGUGACUGCCGAUAAUACUGAAGUAAUUGAACUGAAGACACAACUUAACCAAAAAGAUGCACAAUUCCAUAACUUACGAGAUGCCUAUCAGAAAGUAUUAUCAGAAAAUAUAAAAAUGAAACAAGAAUUAGAUGUUUUAAGAAAAUCUUUAGCAAACUAUGAAAAUAAAAGCAAACCGAGUGAAACGAAAAUUGCAGCUGUACAAACUGAUGUGGUUAUUGAAUCUUCUUCUUCUAAUCAAGAUACAGCAACUUCAGGAGAAAUAAAUAAAAUAUCCACUAGUAGUAUUGUAUCUACAGCAAGUUCUAGUGAUAAAUGGGUAGACAGUGCUUAUAGUCCAGCUAUAUCUCUUAAACCACCCGAUUUGACACCAAUUCUUAGUUCGGAUGAUAGCAUUGUACUCACCAAUAGUACUACACCAAGAAAAAUAGCACAUCCGUUAUCUCGAACAUUUAUUACUUCAUCUCGAAUUUUGCAAACACUUUCGAACAUAACACGAGGUAAAGCCAAAAUUGAAAGUCCUUUAGCAAGAAAUAGCAAAAAACGAACAAAUGAAAAUUCCACAGAUCAGUUACAAAAUUUAGAAUGCAAUUCUUCAAACCAUGCAUCAAGUUCCAAAAAAAGAAAAGCAACAGAAAUGCUUGGUGCUCCUACUUUUAUUCAACCUUUUAAAAUACCUCACACAAUUGUAGAAUCUGAAAGAAAAAAUAAUAGUGAUGCAACUGAUGUAGAAUUUAGAUAUUCUGAGGAACAAACAAUGUCAAAACCAGAAGAAGAGGGAAAUAUGUCAGCUAAUAAAGAUAUUAAUGAUACUACGUCUGUGGAAAAUAAAAUUGAAGAAAUAGAUGAUCAAGAAGACAGUGUAAAAUGUUUCAUAUACAGAGAAGAUGAAAAAAGUAAAAACAGAAGUUUUUUAAUUCAAGCAGAAGAACCAACAAAGGAUAAAUUAGAUAAUGACAAAAAUGAUAUUCAAGAAUGUGGCCCAUAUUUGUUGGGUAAUCUUGAAGUAAGGAUGUCUGAAAUAAAUGGAACAAUUAGUGUUUGGGGUAAAGAAAUAGACCACGAAUUAACCAGCGAUAAUGAAGACGAUAUGGAAAUAUCUGUAAAAUCAUCUGAAAAAAAUAUGUCUCAGUUUUGGCAAAAUACAUCGCAAACCAGAUUUAACGGAAGUCCACUUAUAUGUUCAACUAACAAAAAGCAAAAAAUUCCAUCCCGAUUGAACAGAUCUAGCAUUUCUCAAUGUUGUCAUUCUUUAUCAUUGAAUUCAAUAAAAUCACCUUGUUUGGUAGAUGAUGCAAGUAAUAAAAGACGUAUGAGUAAUGUUUUCAGUCCAAAUACUGGUAUUCCUUCUUGUGAAAACUGUGAUUCUUCAAAAUGUUAUAAGGAAUGGUCAAAAUGUAAAGAUGCUUCAAGUUCACAAGAAAAAUUACAUUCCUGUUGUACACAUCAUAUCGAAAUCAUAGGUAAAGGGUGUAAUUGUGGUUCACAUCACGAGAAACAAAAAAGUGAUGUUAGUCCUAAGUUUUAUAAAGAUAAGAUUCAUAGUAAAGGAAUUCGAAGGAAUUCUUGCAAAAAUAUGCCUACAUCAGAAGAAUCAAAGAAUCAUUUACAUGAAAAUGGUACGAAUGCCACUGCCGAAAUCAGCGAGGUAACUUGCAAAUAUCAUACGUGUCGAUGUUCGUUACAAAAUAUGGUUGAUAACAAUCCACAUUCAAAGUGUUGUAAUACUGUUAAUGAUGCUUCUUAUACAUGUAAAUCAUGUUCGAACAACAGUAUAAAUAAUCACGAAAAUUCUGGUAAACAUACAUAUAGCCAUAGUCUUUCAAAUGAAGAUGAAGAAGAACCUCUAAUUCCACUUAAACGAUCUAAUGAAACACUUGAAACGAGACAACGAAGAAUAAGUGGUAAAAGGGUACGUGGAAUCCUUAUGGAUCUUUUAAGAGGAUGUGGAGAUUGUCGUAACAAUAGUACUACUAGUUUAAGUAAGCCUGUGUUUCAACAGAAAGGUUCACCCUACAUGGUAAAUGGUCCUCCACAAAUUAAGAUUUCUCCUUCUACUAUACCUGAGCCUACAUGCUCUACUUCUACGCAAUGCAAUGAUAGGUGUUGUCAUGCAUAUGCACAUCGAAUUGAGUCUCAACUUGAAGAAUUUCGAAUGGAAAUGGAGAGAGUGCGAUCGCGCUCGGACGCAAUUUUAGAUAUGCUCAAUAUGCUUCACUCUGUGGAUAUGAACUAAUGAAACAUAUAUGACUCUAAACUAAGUGCUUUUUCCUUGUACAGAUCACUAUUUUAAUUUCCUUAAGUCGAAAUUUGCAUUAUCA